CUAAAAAAAAUUCGUGUUGUUGGUAGUCGGCAAGCAAUGCUUUUUCAAUGGCGCACGUGUUUGUUCCCGUCUGUUGUGGGCAUUUCUCCAACAGUCAGUGAGGCAUGCUAUUAGCUGACUACGUGUAAACGUGACUUGUCAACGCAGCAGCAUCUGAGCAGCACUGUUAUAGUCCUAUAAUGCCAGCAAUCACCCGGGUGCGUUGUCACGUAUCGUUAUAAACAGGGGAGAAGCUUCUGUUCCGCCUGAGGGUGUUGCUGAGGAGUCUGCAGCGGCUGUGGUUGAAGCAGAGGCCGCUCAGGCUGAGGGCCAGGAGUCGCAGAACCCGUGGCCCCACCUGGAUGAGUAUUUUGUCCUCAAGUCAAGGGAUACGAAGAACGCCAAUAUUUCGUACUUCCUGUGGCUGAGUGCCAGCUGGCCGCUGCCUUCCACCCAAAGUUUCGCCUGCCGUGGCUGGAGCAGUAUGACAACAACCAGGUCAGCCAAGUGAAGAACAUCAUGAAGACCGUCGUAGAAGCUGCCGUGAUGGAGACCAGUGAGGAGAACACCACCACUAAUGAUUAUGAAGGAAAUGACUUAAGCAGCAUCACUCAUUUCUGGGACAGCAGAAGCGACAGGUCACUGAAGACGAAGGCACAGAGCAUGAAGACCUGGCUGGAGACCGGCUCGAAGGAGGUCACAAGUGAAGUUGCCUUCUUGGGUGAGCAGGUCUUGAUCGACCUAUUCAUUAAGUACAACACUGCCAUCCCAUCCAGUGCUGCAGUUGAGCGUCUAUUCUCUAAAGGCAAAGAUAUCUUGAGGGCCAUGACAGCCACCCUGUCAGAUGGAAACUUUGAGAGGCUGAUGCUCAUGAAGGACAUCCAGCAUCACAUCAAAGUGAUAGAAAAGGCCCAGCCAGAGUAGUAAUCAGUCCAGCCAUCUUCUGAUCUUGGCAUGAUACCCAUGCUAUGCUAUUUGUACAGUAAGUAAAGUGUAUGUUGGAUUUCAACUGAUGUUUGAUUUCAUUUGCUCAUUUAAAUAUUUGUGUGCACCUGCAUGUCUGGUGCAGCGAUAAGUUGUGUGCACCUGUAUGUCUGGUGCAGCGUUAAGUUGACCUCAAGUUUUCAACUUUAACCACGAUUUUCAACUACUUGCUUGUAGUUUACUGGGUUCAAAAUCUAUAUUAAGUUAAAUGCAAACAUGAAGAGAAACAAUAAAAUGAACGAAUCCAACGAGUAAUUGGAACUAAUGAAGAAAACAGUCAAGUAAGCUAACUCAAUCUGUUCCGGUGCUAUGUGGCUUCAGUACAGCGACAAGUGUGUCCUUGUCGGUCGCUCCAGUUACAUUACAAAAUGAAACGAUGACAAUCGCUAUUUUCACACUAGCGGCACUUGAUCAUCACAUGACCCUGGUAUUCUACAUCUUAUAAAGAAGCUCUCCAGGUCUGUUCUAAAAGUUUUAAAAGUAAAAGACCAAGAAACUAAACCCAAUCUGAAUUCAUGUGUAAAAGUUAGCGGUUAGUGUUUAGCAUUAGCUUCCGCUAAUUUUUUUCGGCCUUUUAGCGUUAGCGAAGCUAACUUUUUGGUUAACUGUGCCCACCACUGCCUCCAGGUAGACCCGGUAGACACCAUUAGCGGUCCCAAGUGGUCCCUGGUCCAGGAGACACCACUUCA